AUGCUUUUUACACAGGCACCCGAUUCGACUUCACAUCAGACUGAGGGUACUCCUUCAACUCGAGCGAAGAAAGCAACAACAGCCUGCCAAGCCUGCCAAAAACGAAAAUCAAAAUGUGUUGGAGGCGAGCCUUGUGAGCCCUGUCAAAAAGCAAACACAGAGUGUGUGAUCAACGCCGACAAUGAUGGCCGUCGACGAAUCACCCUCAAGCGCAAAAUCGAAUCCCUAGAGCAGGACCGCAACCUAUUUGAACGACUAGUGGAAGGUAUCCGAAAUGACGAAGAGCGACAGGUUCCCGAGAUUCUCAACAUGAUUCGGAGUAAUGUAUCCUUGGACGAGAUCCGGUUAUAUCUGACUGAGAGCCAGAGUACAAGCCAUUCGCACAAUGUUCCGAUGAAGAGCCCAACUUCCUCUUCGAAAAGAUUUAUGGAUGUGAGACGGAUCUCAGACAUCCCUCUCUAUGAGGUACCUUCGCAGCCAUGGACGUCUGUUACAACCGAUGGUUCCUUUGUCUCGCACCUGGUCUCCCACUAUUUCACCUGGCAGCACAGUACGUUGAAUUGGAUUGAUCGGGACCUGUUUCUAGCGGAUAUGAGAGUCGGCAAGUUGGAUUCUCGGUUCUGUUCGCCUUUGCUGGUCAACAUUAUACUCGCUUGUGCAUGUUUCUAUUCCGACUACCCUGAAGUAUUCGCCAAACCUGAUGACCCCAGCACCCGAGGAGAACACUUUCUCGAAGAGGCAAUGCGGCACCUGGCAAUGGAAGAAGAUCGCCUGCGCCUUACCACUCUUCAGGCAUGGGGAGAUAUCUAUACUAUCGCCUGUAUCAUGGGCAAAGAUAGACUUGGCUCGCAAUACCUGGUAAGAAUAGCAGACUGCAUCGGUCAGGUCAUGAACAACCGACAGCGAAUGAUAUCAGAGGCCAAUGAACAGGCCCCAGAAAUGGCAAGAUCUAUUGAUAUUGCAAUCUUCGGCUUGUUCAGUCAGUAUUCAGUUGCUAUCCUAAACCUUCAAAAGGGUGCUACCGUCAACAGACCUACAACACUUAAAUACUUCCCUGAAAUUCACGACCCCGAUGACAUUUGGACACCGUAUCCUCGUCAAGGCGAACCUAUCGCGGCUCAUACGAACUGUUUGAAAAAUGGCCUAUUCGAUCAGGGGCUGAUUAUGUGGGAGAUAUGCGACUAUCUGUUUGGUGAUGAGAACAAUACAAGAGUUGAUCCCGAAAUAAUCAAUACUUUCCACCAGCGCUUUGAAAGCUGGGCUGAGAAACUCCCGCAAUGCAUCAAGCUGGGAUAUGCGUCCACACCGGGCGUCAUGGAAAUGCAUAUGCGCUAUCACAACGCGAUCCUGGUCAUGUUCGGCUUCGUUACACCAAUCACAAAAGAAGGUGAGUCGACCACGAAAGACCGUAUCAAGAGUUUGCGAACAUCUUCGGCUCGCCAUAUCGGCACGAUGCUCAGUCAAUUCCGCUCACUAUGGCCGAUGGAAUGUAUGCCAAUGACGGCAAUGCGGUACGCAACCGUUGCAUUAUUCGCCCUUUUCGAGGACCUGGACGAUGUCCAAAACCAAAGGGCUUUAACAGAUAUUGUAAUCACUCUUCGGGCACUUGCUCGCCGAUGGCAGUUUGCGAAAGGACUGCUUCGGCUUGUACAACUAACGACUUUGAAACAAGAUACAUCGCUUCCUGAUGGUACGGUGUCUAUGUUGAGAGAUUUACCAUCGAGUUCUAGGGAAGCACAGACGUGA